GCGGAAGGGGCGUGUCUUAGAUUGUCAACUAACCGAAGAAUAACAAAAACAAACACAACUGCCGAGGGGAUCCGGGGAAUGGUCUCUCAUCAGGGGGAGGAGGGACGCAGGUGAUGUGAUGUGUCGCUGAAAACAGGCUCCUCCCUCUUUGGUCUCCGCUGCAUCAGAGGGCUGGAACCAUGGAGUCGUCCUCCGAUGAAGAGGAGGCGCGCACCUUCGUCCAAGUCAUCAGUGAGAAGUACAACCCGGACAAUUUCCCCUACGGCCAGGGCGUGGGAGUCGUGAUCCUGCCCAGCCCUCCAGGAUCACCCAGCAAGGAUCGCCUGUUCCUGCCCAGCGCCCUGGUGCUGAACUCCCGCGGGAUCAGUAAAGCCGGAGACAAGUCGGACAUCGCGACUUUCUGUGCCCACGUGGUCGAGCUGGACCUGUCCGACAACCAGCUCAACGACUGGGGAGAGAUCUGCACCAUUGUUUCCAACGUCCCCCACCUGGACUUCCUCAACCUGAGCAUGAACCCUCUGAGCGGCGUGGAGCUGGAGCCCAGCGCGGCCGACACCUUCUCCAGGGUCCGACGACUCGUCCUGAUCAACACGCACGUCAGCUGGGACACCGUGCACACGCUCACGCGACACACGCCCGAGCUGCAGGAGCUUUUCCUCUGCCUGAACGGCUACAGCGCCGUGUCCGAAUCCCAGACGUCCUGCCCGUCGCUACGCCUGCUGCAGAUCACGGACAACGAGCUGCGGGCGUGGGCGGAGGUCCGGAAGUUUGGUUCGAUGUUCCCGUGUCUGAGGGCGCUGGUGCUCGCCAACAACGCCGUGGAAUCCGUGGGAGAAACCCGGGAAACGCUGCAGCGCCUCUUCGCCAACCUGCGCAGCAUCAACCUCAACAACUCAAGGCUCAGUAAAUGGGAGGACAUUGAAAGGCUGAAUUUCUUCCCGAAGCUGGAGGAAGUCAAAGCGAUGGGGAUCCCGCUGCUGCAGCCGUACACCACCCAGGAGAGACGCAGCCUCCUCUUAGCCCAGCUGCCGUCCGUGGUGCUGUUGAACGGGAGCGCAGUGUCUCAUGGGGAGCGAGAGGAUGCCGAGAGGUUCUUCAUCCGGUACUGCCAGGACUUCCCAGAACAGGAGCUUCCCGAGAGGUACCACAUCCUCGUAUCCAAGUACGGUCCCCUGGCCCCGCUGGCAGAGGUGGACCUGAGCCCCCGCUGCACCGUGGUGGACGUCCGCUGGGGCGAGAGGGUGGAGGCGGUCAGCCUCCGCCUGGAGCAGACGGUGGGCGACCUGAAGAAGCACCUGAGGGCUCGGCUGCAGCUGCCCGCCAACGGGAUCAGGCUCUUCUACUUAGACCGGGAGAUGCGCUCGGUGUUGGGACCGGAGGAGUUGAAGUGCGGCUCCCGGGCCCUGCACUCCUACGGCAUUCGAGACGGGGAUGAGAUUCUGGUAGUGCCCAAAGUCAAAAGCCGCUGCAGCUCCUCACACCUUUGAGUGUGGUUUAAAAAAAAAAGAAAAAGGAGGGACUUCCGGGGUUUUAGGCAACUGACACUUGCUGGGUACUGAGCGUUGACGUGAGCCCUUUUUCAGCCGUGAAUGUAAAGACGUAUGCUGUCCACCAUGAUGGACAAAUGCAAACAAUAGUAUAUUUGCGCACACACACACACUAGAGAGUUUCCAUGUUCACAGAGUUUAUAACUUGAGUGGAAGUCACACACACACACACACACACACACUUCAAUGCAGUUUACAUCUCAUUCUUGACAAACGUUCGGCAAAUCCAGAUGUGGUGCGAGUUGGUUUUCUGAGUGAAAACUAAAACCACUUUAUACAAAAUGAUUUCUCCAUUUAGGAGGAAAAAAAAAACCCAACAACCUUUUUAUUUGCCUGAUUUUGUUGAAAUGUUCUUGUCAUUUUUUUCUGGUGCAGAAUAUAAACCCUCUGUACCAGACUCUCAAACUACAACAAACAAGCAGUGACUUGACCUCGCUGGUGACACUGCGGCACCUUGCAUGGCACAUUUUUAAUAUUUAUUUGAACAGAGAGAAAUUUUGCAAUUGGCAAAGAAUUGGGGAAAAAGAUUUAUGCUUUGGAUUUAAGAAAAUAUCAGCUGCGUUCUGUAUGUUCGCUGCUCGUUGUGAUUUGACUUGGCUGCGUUUUUCCCGCACCGCCAGGCAGCAGCUUGUGUCUUCUCUCCGCGUUUCUCUUCCCUCGCUGUUGGUUGAAGGUUAGGUCUGUUCCGUUUGGGUGAAAGAAGAUAUUCUAAACGAAUGUGCUCUUUACAGAUUGGUGAAAAAAACAACGAAACUUUCAAUAUCAAUAACAAGAGUUUGCGAGCAGACACAAAAUAACUACGAUUUACGAUUUAUUUUUGACAUUUUUACGACGACGACGGAAUCAAAAAAGCUCCAUUUCUCUCAGCCUUGCUGACGAGAAUGUUCUUUUUUCGAGAAACGCGAUGGUGUGUUGGGGGGAAGUAAGAGAGACGAGUCAAGUCCGAGGUGCGCUUGGUUCUGGGACAGAAGAAGAAGAAGAAGAAGAAGCAGUGGUGGUGCUCAGGUUACCGCAGGUCUUCUGGCUGUUCGGCCCAUGAAUGGAGCGUCUCUCUCUCUCUCUCUCUCUCUCUCUCUCUCUCUCUCUCUCUGUCUCUCUGUCUCUCUGUCUCUCUCUCUCUCUCUCUCUCUCUCUCAACCCGCAGAAGCUCCUGAGAAACGCUGAGGCCCAGUCCGUGUGGUAACCACACACCAGCCUCCGUGUCAUGGACACUUCCGCUGUAUCUGGGGUUCAACCAACAGGCUCGUUCUCCUCCUUCAGCCCCUUUCACCUUUCACUCUGUCCCGUCACAUCCGUCUCACAAACCUGACACGACCUGGUGUCGGCUGUUUUCGCAGCACGUGAGGUCUAUCUUUGGUUCUCUAUAGACUCGUGGUUUGCGCGGUAUGUAAUACAAAUGAAGCAAUGUAAUUGCAACGGCGUGAUGGCGUCAGACGGGGUAAAAUACAAUACUACUAGUGUCGGGCAACCCCAUCAUCUGAUCCAACUUCACACGGAGGCAGGUUUCGUGCACCGUGGUGGAACUACAGCUCCGAAACCUCCCUCAUCAUUAUCAACCCCUGUUAAUAAAUGGAAUUUUUUUUUCCAGAAGCUUUGUGCCCAAAGCAGCCGGCGGACAGUGGUAAACAAAAGCCCGUCCCCAUGGCGAUACGAGGAAAAUCAGCCAGCUUCCAGUUCACGGAACCUGCACAGACAUGGAGCGAACUUGCAAACUCUGCUCCUUACAAGCCAGUGGAUUAGAACCUAGGAUGCGAAACAUGCUCCUGAACCUAAUGUACAUUUAUACACAUUACACAAAAACUUUGUGAAACACUGACAAACGCCUGAGCGUUGCUGAUGGGGCUUCUACAGCUUCAUUAGAAAAGGAACUCCUGUUUCUCCCUUCAGUGUAAAGACAGACAGGGUCAGGCCGACCAGAGGAUUUAAAUUCAACGUAAACACGACGGCGUGAACUCGCGUGCAGAGGUGUGUUGUAGAAGUGCUCUGGACCUGUGUAGCUCAAAACGCGUGCCGUCGCGUGACCUUUACGGACGCCGCCAUCAACCGCGUUCGUUCGUGUGACGCGUCGCGAGACUUUUCCGAACGCAGGACUUUUGCGCUCAAAAGAGGUCGGCCGCCUGCUUCUCUCGAAGGCUCGCGCCUUCAGGCGAAGCAAAUGUGUCUCAGCCUCGUGUUACCAAAACCAUGUGAAAACGUACUGAAGUGCCGUGGCAGCCUGAAAGCGCUGCCCUGAUCGCUCCUCUAACAGACGUUCUUUGUGUAGUAGAUAACUGGAGAUCGCUCUUUUUUUCUUUUCUUUUUUUCUCCCCGUCCUGACUCACUCCCCCCCAUUAUACUAUAUCACCACAGAGUGGAUACAUGGGAAGUAACGGGAUGAGUGUUUUGUUUCUGAAGUGGAUCGCCGUGUGGGUUUGCAUGUUCUUCACAUCUCUUGAUAUGUUCGAGAUGUGUCAUUUCAGGGAAACACAGUUGUUUGCGGGCAUUUGUAAUUUUGACAUACAUUUUAAAAUAUCGGUGAUUCCUUUUAUCCUCGAUACCAAAUACAAAGAUUAUUAUUCAUGAAAGAAUUCUGUAAGAUAGUUGCUAGUCAGAUUGCCUUGUGCUUGUUUAGUAUACUGCGUUUAAUUUAUGUCACGUUUGAUUUGUGUAGUUUCUUAUGUGUACCGUGACGUUUUCAAUGGCGAAAGUCCUGUUUAGCUUUUCUCGAGAUCAUGACGCCAUUUCUACACCCGUUUUGUAUAAUGGUGCUUUCGCUUCUCUGAAAGAAAUAAAUUAUGUUUAUUCCUGCUCAA